AUGUACCUCGAUGAUAGAUUUAGGAGCAGCGGAACAAGGAUGCUGUUGGCUGGCUCGGUUGGAACGAGGCUGCGAUUGGAACGAGGCGCUCAGGCGGAGGGAGACGGCUGUCCAGGAGGGUUCGCUGGUUCCCUCGCCGUCGUCGGAAGGAAGACUCGAGGGUUCGCUGGUUCCCUGGUUCCCUCGCCGUCGUCGGUAGAGUCGAGGGUCGCUGGUAAAACAUGCUACAGAAAUUUAUGGUAA